AUGACAGCCGCCCGCAACCCAUCUCUAUCAAGUCCAUUGUCUACGAGCAUAUUCCAGUAUCUGCAUACAAGCGGCCGCUCAAUCUUUGUACGGUGUAGCUCAUGCAACUGAUAUCAUUCAAAAAUGAUCGGCAGCUACGCUUCAUCCUCGGCCGCAGCAGCAGCAGCGAAUGCUCACGCUUGUGCCCGUCGAUCAUCAUCGAAUCACACAACCGCAAGCACUACAGCCAGCAGAGCAGCACACCUCUCCUUCCGUACGCUCAUUCCCUGGGUGCACGAUCCGCCAAAUUUUUCCACCAGCGAUGUCGUCCUCAAUCCAGAAUACGAUCUCGGGGGCGGGAUCGGCGAGAACGACCUGCUUGAACUUCGUCCGAGGGAUCCUAGCCGUGUGAAAUUCCCGGAUCAUGCAGGGGCUGGUCCGGGUACAGGCGGUACUGCUGCACGAGACGACAGCCGGCGGGAUGAUGACGAGCGGGUGGCGAAGAAGCGAAAGAAAUCGCAUCCCAAAGCGUUCCUUUUCAGACUCAACCAUGCCGUUGCUGAUACCGAUGCCAUUGUCAAGCAUCCGCAGCUACAGAUAUCUGUAUCACGGGCCGUUGCCACUGCUUUUGGUUUCCAGAGUCGCGUCGAAGUGGUCCUGUCCAAAGUUCCCCUUGAGCCUCAUGUCAUCUCGCAUGUCGAGCUCGAUUUCCGUGACCAGUAUGUCGGCCGGGCAGACAUGUGGCGCAUCGCUUUGAUGCUUGAAGAUACUUGCGUCUACGUGGGGCAAAGGAUCACUCUUGCCGGCUCGGUGCGCGCGACGAUCGGUCGCAUCUUUGUUCGCGAGAAAAAAGUGACAUCAGGUUACGUCUCUGCAGCAACCAAGACGAUCUUCCGGUCCGAGUCAGCCAAGUGCAAUAUCUUCAUCCAGAUGGCGAAAGAGAUGUGGGAAUUCGACGAGGAUGGGGAACUUUACUAUGAGAAGGCGGUCCAGGGUUUCAUUCCGGAGCUCGUGCGACGGUGGAAGGACGUACCGACAAACCAUGUCUGCAGCGUCAUUCUUUUCGCCCGAGUGCAUUACGAAGACUCGGAACUGCACAUGCUGGAAGGCUGGCCAAUGCGGCGAGAUCCUCAAGGGCGUUCGUACGUCGAUUACUACAAAGUCGUUGUCGAUCUCGAGAAUAACGUUGAUUGGAAUGAGGUCAUGGAGAUCCUCAAGGAGGAGUUCUUCCGCUUUCAGCAUGACAUUUUGCUCGUUCGGAGACCCGUCGCUGGCCCCUCGGCGCCUGAAGAAGAGACACACGCCGAACUCAUCCGCGACCGCAAUUUGGUCGCCGGCCGUCUAUCGUACUCGCACGAGGGCAACAUUCUCGAAGCGAUCAAUCUGGCCCUCAACCCAUUCGAUGAGCACUACAUUGACCGGGAUCUGAAUCGCACCGGCCUGAGUAUCGCGGUCGUCACUGCCGGCACGGGGCGUUUUGAGGUUGACAAGAAUUUACUGCGGGUCACGACGGAGCGCAUGAUAGAAAAUGGAAUCGGCCUCGACCUUGUAUGCCUCACCAAGAUGCCGUUGCACUCGGUUCCGCUUUUCCACUUCAAGAGUCAUGUCCCAGAGCCACCGAACGCUGGGGCUGCUGAUUCAACAGCCUCUUCGUUCGGUCGUUCGGCGGCACAGAAAACUAAGCGAGGAACAGCACCAGUUACCCCCGCUUCAUCGUCUAUCGCUCCUGAUCCACUUUACUUUGAUGACCCGAGCAGGGCUGCAGAAGAAGAGGUUUCAUUCUACGCGAUGCCUCAUUGGAUCGAUUGCUCGUUCUAUAACUUGCAGCAGGACAAGCCUUUCCGCGCCGACAGAUUCGUACCCCGCUGCAAGAUGUAUGACAUUCAGAUGAUGGGUAUCAUGGAGAACCAGAUCUCCGACAUUAGUAUCCCUUACCUCGACAUGCGGACGGUUCGUACGGGAGUGACAGGGACGACGGCAGGUAACAGUGGCAAGGAGUCAAGCUCCUUCUUCAUCCUUGUCAACAGCGUACCCUCAUGCGAACCGUCGAUGCAGUCGAUCGGCUUAAGCAAUUUGAUGGGCGACCGGGGCUAUUCAGCAGAUCCCACAUAUUUUGAUGGCCUCUCACCCAAAGAGCAACGAAGGCGAGCACGCGAGCAGUUUGACCGAUCUAUGCUUGCCGACGUACCCCCUGCGCCCUCAUCUCUUGCCGCCCGCAUGCUGCCCCGACCUUCGAGAACUCAGCUGAAAUAUUCCGAGCACGCCGGAGCGGCCAAAUCACUUUCCUCCGAGCACGACAAAGCCGAUUCAAAAGCAGCGGGCUCAAGUUUCCAGCACGGACCGAUGAGAAAUCCUCUCUCGCCGCAGCGGCCAUCCUUGCACGAGACCAGAUCCAAGUCGAGCAUCCGCGGAUCACAGCUUGCGCAAGGGUCUCAGAGCUCCUCCUUGCGGUCACGCGACAAUGACAGCAUACCUCCUUCCCCGGCAGUUAGAGCCAAGCAACGGUUUUCUUACGCUGACACUUCGUCCGAGUACGAUGACACUGAUGCAGCAUCAACAGCGGCGGUACGAAAGGUUUCUUGGCCGACUUCACGCGUCGGCUCCAUCAAGUCUCUCAACACGUUGAACCGCGGCAUUUCCCAGCUGGCACCACCUGGAAAAGCCCAUGCAUCACUCGCGACAGUCAAGGCGCAAGUGGAAGACGUAACUGCUGCGCAUAUAACCAGUCCGAGUCUCUCCAGUGGCGCAUCGAUUGACUCGAAAUCAAGAGGGACAACGGGACACGCACGCAAGGCAUCGAUCGACGGCAAGAGCCCUUAUCGCCUGUCUGCUCAGUGGAUUUGGACAUCUUUGCGUGGCAAGCCACAAUCAGCUGGUCUCGAACAGUCAAUUAGCGGCGGUAGCAAAGCAGGAGAUAGCCGUGAACGUGAUGCAACGCCCAUGUCAUCUGCAGCUGCCUCACGGCGCAUUCAGGAGAUGUUGGGCAGCACAUCCCGGUCCGCAUCUCCCGCUCGACCAUCUGCACCGCGGAUAGUGGCGUCCGGCGACUACGCUGAGGCGAAGCGAGCAAAAGAUGAAUCCUUUCAAGAAGGCGAGGGCUCUGACCAGCAUGUACCGAUUUCAAUCCCAACACAAGCCACGAGAAGUUCGCUGCAGUCAGACGUAUCUGUCGAAGCAAAGAUGAUGCACGAGGCCCAAGCUUACGAGCAACGUCUUGAAGACGAGGAGGCGCGAAUGCGAUAUGCGCAGAGGGCACUCAUCGAGAAGCAAACGGUGGUGAACCCGUCCAAUCCAAGCCGAGCCGUGCAGAAUAGCUCGACUCAGCUGCUGCGAUGGCAGCACCUGUUUCCACGACGUCUCAAUCGCCACGCCGUCAAAUGGCGCAGUAUGACCACCCCUGCUUGCCUACCCCUGACGACCUUGCACUUACCCUCUGCGGCUGAUCUCGCAUCCCAAUGGCAAGAGUACCCACACACCACGUCCGUCUCCUCCGAGACGCAGUCGUUCUUGCUGAAGAGAAUGUCAAGCACCCACCCGGCCCUCGCUGUCCUUCGCGAAAUGGUCUUUCAGCGACUGGCCCAGGGCUUUCAAUUCAUCGUGCCGGCUACUAAUCGUGGCACACUCGCCACUUUCUCGCAACGCCUUCUUGACCCUCGGCGCUUCAUGCUUCGACACCCGUCAGAAUCAUUCCAGCCGGGAAUCGUGUCCUCGGGCAAUCCGAUCUUCUUGACUUUGUCGAAUCAGAUCCACAGGAUCGCUUAUGAUCGAUCAAGCGGGGCGAUUAAUGUUAAGCGAUACUUGCGAAAGAUUACCUACGAUACCACGCCGCUUGACUAUCAAUGCUGCGUUUGGCCACGUCACUUGCCGGGCUACCAAAACACCGCCGCUCAAUUCAGCUAUCCCAGCUCGACAGAGUACAAUUGGACAUACCUCGACUCGCUUGUCUCUGGUUUUGUGGACGAGAAGUUCAUUGACCCGCUGCGAUAUUGGCGCACGCGAUUCGUUCUCGUGCCCACAGAAGGCCAUGCACCAAGCAUGCGAGCGCCAACUGGCGAGUACCUAAGCGAUGAGGAAGUCCGCCUACUGGGCACCGAUAAGCUGGCGGAUCUCUUCUAUCGGGCACGCUAUCGUAGGAGCUCGGACGACCAGCAGCCGCUCCGCUUCCUACCAACUUCGCUGGACCCGGCGCAGAGUGUACACGAUGAAGCAUUCAUAGAGCAACUGAAAGCGGUGAAUGCUGGCGUGCGCAAUGGGAGUGCAACGUCGCACGGCAAUUCAAAAACAUCUCGUCUCCUUAGCAAUACCCCGCUUGAAGACUUGGUUCAAGAAAUGCGAGCGGAGGGUGGCGUCAAGAUCGAGAAUCGUAUGUGGCACCGAGUGCUCUACCCAGACACAUUUGUUGGUGCAGAAUUCGUAACCUGGUUGUGCUGCACAUUUUCGGAUGUCAAGUCGCGAGAAGAGGCAGUCGAUUGGGGAAUCAAACUGCAAGAGGAUGACCUCUUUGAUCACGUCCGAGGCGCGCAUGGUUUCUUGGACGGACACUACUUUUAUUGCCUCAAAGGAAAGUACGCCGCAGGGAGGGAGAGCAAGGUGAAGCCGAAAUUGUUUAAGAAAGCGGGGAAUGGCGACAGCACCGUUCCAAAAGUGGUACAGACACCGCCAGCUCGUCGGAAGAAGAUCACAAUGAGUAGAUCAACGAUUAUUGACUUAGAUCCUGGUCGCAAGAGCGAUCGGGCCGAAGUCGCGAUCUUGCAUCACGACAUCGCGCACAAUCCUGCAAACGGUUUCAACUUCCAGAUCCACUGGAUGGGAACGACAUCGCGCUUCAUCGAGGAUCUCGUGCAAAAUUGGACGCGAGCGGUGGAACGUUACGGUCUUCGCUUAAUUGAAGCACCCAUCGGUCAGAUCAAAGAUGUGUCCCUGCACAACCCGUUUCAAGCUCCAAUCCAGAUUCCUUUGGCGCUUCCACCCCCGCCGCUACACACAUAUGCGCAUCGCCUUCCGGGACACACGUUGCCGCAGCAAUACUUCGAGUUCAUCCUGCUCAGGAUUUUCGGCUUCAUCCUCGACCAGGAGGCUAGCAGCCGCUACCCGCAAGACAUUACGAUCACAUAUUCUUCGCGGCCAUCCAACUUUGAUCACUCUCAAUUCGUCCAUCGGUCCGGUGUGGCUUUCGUUCAAGUGCUUGGCUCCUCUCAGGGCUUUCUCUGGCUCAACAAUCGGCUCUACACGUCGCAUGCGGCUUCCAUUUCUGGACGCUACCAGUCCAGCAAGAGGGAGCAGACGCAGAAUCAACUCGAUGCAGAGGCGCUGCGCGUAAAAUUUGAGGGUUUCUGCAGGAAUGCAGAGGCUCUGGAAGAGUUCUACCGCCACCUGCUUGUGGCCAUCUUCCAAGAAAGUGAGCCAGUCCCAGACAAUGCCCCUGUGCAGGGCUGAAUGAAAAGAUGCAACGAUGUACUUUCGGUGGAACCAUAGAGAUUGUUGCGACAGUUCAG